AUGUCCGACGGCGACACCCAAGGAAUUGUCAUUGACGCUGGCUCCUUCCGUACCAGGGCUGGAUUUGCCGGUGAUGAUGCGCCUCGCUCUAUCUUCCGUGAGUUGGAACUGUCGUCGGCCCACGGUAACCACAAACCUAAAACAUUGCGCCCCAGUUUGCCUAAGCUUACCUAUACACCCAGCUCCGUCGGCGACGCAGCCAUCCGAAACAACGAACCCCUCGUAAACCCACUCCAGAACAGCUCCGUGACGGACUGGGAUGCACUACAGAAGAUCUACUGGCACGCCUUCUACAGUGAGCUCAAGGUCGCACCGGAAGAACACCCCGUCCUGCUCGCCGAAUCCCCAUUCACCAGCGACGCGGAUCGGGAGAAGACCGUGCAGAUGAUGUUCGAGAACUUCAACGUUCCCGCACUCGAUAUUGUGCCUGAUGCUGUGUUGGCCGUGUAUGCAUCCAAUCGCACUACUGGCCUAGUCAUUGAUGUUGGAAAUGAAUACGCCCGCAUCGUCCCCGUAAUCGAAGGGAAAUGUGUAGCGGAAGCAAGAGACCAAGUUGAUCUUGGAGAUCUCUCGAUUGCGAUAUCAAACGUAGCUCAAAGCUUUGAUGAAGGAGUUCAGGCUACUUUGUAUGGCAAUGUCGUCCUGUCCGGAGGAAACACGGAUCCUGGCCUAGCAGACCAACUGCACAAUGUGAUCGCUAACAUCGCGCCGGAAUCUGCAUCUGUGAACAUCACCAACCCCGCGAAUCGUGAAUACGCAGUCUGGUUGGGUGGUACCCUUGUGGCUUCGGCUAAUGCAGAGGGCAUCUGGAUGUCUAAGGCGCAGUAUGAUGAUAACGGUGCUGGGGUUUUGAAUGGGAAGUAUUAUGCAUAG